AUGUAUCUCUGGCUUGAAGCCCUCUUCCACCUUCCCUUCAGCCUCUGGGCGAUCCCGGCUCUGCUACGAGACUCCCCCCACCUCCCCCCCGCCCUCCUCGUUUUCGCGGUCCAGACCGCCGUCACAACCCUAACCUGCAUCGCGGACUAUCGCAGCUGGAGCGGCUUCUCGGACGGGGCGAAGGGGAAGUUGGACGGUGUGUAUGUGCCGUAUCUGGCUUUAGCGGUGUGCAUGGGUGGGGAUAUGUUUCUGAGGUUGGUAGGGACUGCACGAAGGGGGUCUAGAGGUGGAAAGGCUGGUGAGAGAUGA